AUGUGCUCCGUGCCGACGGUCCAGGACUUGAGGGAGCACCGCGUGCGCGAGGACGGCCUCUGGUUCGCGCCGGCGAUCGACAAGCACCGGUCGCUCGGCGUCUGCGCCGUCGCCGAGGUCGCCGUGGGCGGGAAGCCGACCUGGCACGUCGGCGCCUACGGGGCCUGGGUCGCGCUCCGCGGCGGCGCGCUGCUCCGGGGCGCGGCCGCCGACGACGCGACGCUGCUCGUCGCGCUCGUCGUCGCGGGCUUCGCGCUCCACGCGCUCGGCCUGCCGUCGCGGGGCUGGCUCCGGCGCCACUGCGCGGCGAGCGCGGCGAACGCGCGGAGCGGCCGCGUCUGGUGCCUCGUCCUCGCGGCGCUGGCCCACGAGGACGCGCUGCACCUGAGCAUGAACGGCCUGGCGCUCGGCCGCGCGGCGCCGCGGCUCGCGGAGCGGCUGGGGGACCGGCCGUCGUUCUGGGCGUUCGUCGGCGCCGCCGCGGCCGCGAGCUCGGGCGCGUCCAUCGUCCUCGACGCGCUCCUCCGCGGCUACUCGGAGACGCGCGGCGCGUCGGGCUUCCACGCCUGGAUGCUCGAGCGCUUCGACUUCGCCACCGAAACGCGCGGCGAGACGCUCUUCGCCGAUCACGUCGUCCUCGACAUGACCAAGAUCUGCCAGUCGGCGGCGCGGCGCUGCAAGAACCCGCGCGACGCCGUGAAGCGCGUGCUCGGGCGCGUCGAAUCCUUGUUCGCGGCGCCCCGGGUCGCGUCCGCGCACAGCGUCGUCCGCGCGCGGCGCACCGUCGCCGCGCUGCUCGAAGGGCCCGCGCCGGCGGCCAAGCUCGCGUCCGCGCGCCUGCGGCGGCUCAAGAGCAAGGACGGCGCGCGCGCCGACGGCGUCGUGGCGCCCGGCGCCGGCGGCGACGCGCGGCCGCGGGGCUACGACGUUUUAGAAGUCGCCCCGGGCACGGAGUUCUCGGCCAAGCUCAGCCGGGAGCUGGGCGCGUGGGCGGAGAAGCGCUGCAAGCGGAACCACUACGGCGACACGCAGGCCCAGGGCUUCCGCGCCGUCUUCGUGAGCGACGCGGCCGUGCCCGGCGACGGCGAGCUCAAGUGCCUGGAAUACGUCGCGGCGCUCGCGGAGGCCGCGGCCGCGCCGGAGGACGUCGUCGUCUACGGCGGCGACGCGGACAUGGUCGUCAUGGCGCUGUGCCGCGCGUGCGACGGCGACGACACCUUCGGGCCGGGCUUAAGAAGCCUCGUGGUCAUGAACGACGUCGGCCGCGUCUACGACGUCGGCGAGCUCGUCGAAGCGCUGACGGCGUCCGCGGAGGGCCGCGGCGACCGGUCGCGGCGCCAGCUCGCGCUGGACUUCGCGUGCCUGGCGCUCGUGGCCGGGGGCAACGACUACCUGCCGCCGCUGUCCGUCGCGUCCGACGAGCUCUGGGGCGCGUACGUCGAGGGCCUCCGGCCGCUCUACGACGAGGCGACGGGCCGCGUCGACGGCGCGGUGCUCGCGUCGCUCCUCGAGGACCGCCACGACGCGGAGACCAUCGAGCUCAAGCGGCGGCGCGUCGUCGAGGACGCGCGGAGCCACGCGCGGACCGCGCGCGGCGGGCCGUCGGCGCCGCGCGCCGUCGAGGUGACCUUGGUGCGGCGCGCGGACCGCGUGGCCGUGCGCGUGCUGACGCCCAAGGAUUUCGGCGCCGUCGCGUCCGGGGCCGAGACGCUGACGUACCGCGUGCAGUGGCGCCGGGCCGGGGGCGCGGGCUGGCGCGACGCCGUCGCCGCGGACGCGCGGCGGCCGUUGGUCGGCGUGCCCGGCGACGCCGUCGCGUCGCGCGUCGAGAUCUUCGUCGACGCCGGGUCCGGCCCGCUCGAGGUGCGGUGCCGCGCGGCGAACUGCACGGGCUACGGGCGGAGCCGGACGACGAAGGUCCGGCGGGACCCCGCGUGGUGCGUCGCGGUGUGUCCUCGGGGCACGAAGUGCGACGAGCCGGCGUGCGUGCACGCGCACGAGCUCGGCCAGCUCGCCGAGGACUGGCCGACGCCCGCGGGCGACGCCUGCCCCGCCUGCCCGCCGCCGGGCCUGCGGCCCGAGGAGGACGACGGGUCGAGCUCCGCGUCGACGGAGCCCGACGCCGACGGCGCGGCGUGGGACGAGGCCGAGUGGCUGGCGUCGCUCGAGUGGUGUUUAGGGGCCUACGUGCGCGGCCACGUGCGCGAUAGCUCCGUGCGCUACGCGCGGCCGGCGGCGCCGCCGCCCGAGGCGGUCAUCGCGCACGCGGCGCGCGGCGGCGUUUCGGAACCCGGCGGCGCGCGCGACGAGCCCUGGGUGCCGCCGCUGAAGCCGUUGGAGGCGUUGGCCUGCCUCCUGCCCGGGAAGCAGUGCGCGCGGCUGCUGCCGCCCAACCUCCGCCCCGUCUUCGACGACGGGAGCGGCGCGGAGGACGCGUGGUUCGGCGCCGCGCCGUCGCUCGACUUCGCCAAGGUCGCGGCGGCGCUGGAGACGUUGCGCGACGACGAGACGGACGUGCCCUUCGCGAGCCCGCUCUUGAUUCGCGCGGACGGCCGGGGCCACGUCGAGCGCGCGGUCGUGCCAUUUCUCGAGGGCCGCGCGGACUACGGGGGCCCGCUCGCGGACCUCGGCGCGGAGCCGGAGCCGAGCAACCGCGCGUACACUUGGGACCCGCGCGCGGGCUACUACGCGUACCCGCCGGAGGGCUACGAGGGCUACGACCCGGCCUACGCGGCGGCCUACGCGGCGGCCUACGCCCAGGCCUACGCGCGCGCGCCGCCGCCGCCGCCGGGCUCGCCCGGCGCCGCGGCGGCGCCGCCGCCGCACGAGCUGCCCGAGCCCAUCACGCUCGGGCCCAUCUACCGCGACGGCGCGCCCAUGGCCUUCCCCGCGCCCUACGCGGGGCCCGCCUCGAUCGCAAUGGCGGCCAUGACGGACCCUACCCAGCGCCUCGCCGCGGCGCUGCGCGCGUGCGCGCGGCGCGUCCCGACGCGUCUCCACCUCACGGCCGCCGAGCGCCGCACGCUCUGCGUCGCCGCCGCCGCCGGCGCGGCCUUCGCCGUCGCCUACCGCGGCGCCGCCGCGGCCCUCGACGCCAUCAAGCGGCGCGCCGCGGCCGACGACGACGGCGACGACGCGUCGUCGGCGAGCGGCGACGAGGCGGGCGCGCGGCUGUCGCUCGUCUACGACGUCGCCGUCGGCGACCGCGUCGUCGCCGACGUGCCGCACAAGACCGUCCGGGUCGGCGACCGGGGCCAGGUCGUCGCGCUCGUCGCGGGCCGCCGCGGCGACGCGGGCCGCGCGCGCGUCGACUUCGGGGGCGGCGCGCUCUACAACUACGUCGUGGGCCAGCAGUGCCACCGCGCGCCCCUCGUCGAGGGCCGCGACGACGUCGUGCUCGGCGACAAAGUUACCGACGCGGCGAGCGGCGGGUCGGGCGUCGUCGUCGGCCUCGCGCCGGGCGACGGCGAGGUCUGGGUGUCGGACGGCCGCCGGCGCUUCAAAGCGCAGGCGAAACACCUCGCCCACGCGCCCCUCGCGGGCGGCCUCGCCAAGGGCGACCAAGUCGUGGCGUGCGCGGGCUUCGAGCGCGUGGAAGUCGGCGACCCGGGCGCCGUCGUCGGCCCCUGCUCGUCGCCGAACCUGGACGCCUUCGAGUCGCGCGUCCUCGUCGACUUCGGGGCCAAGGGCCGCUACUCCUACACGCGCGCGCAGCUCGCGUUCGCGGACCUCGAGGCGACGUUCGCGAAGGAGGACCGCGUCGUCGCGACGGCGGCCGUCGGCGCGCGCGUGGCACCGGGCGACCGCGGCGUCGUCAAAGGCGCGGACGCCUUGCGCGGCGGCCUCGUCGUCGACUUCGGGGACACGAGGGCGGCGCUCGCGCACGCGCCGCUCGUCCCCGGCCACGACGUCCGGAAGAACGACGUCAUCCGCGCCAAGGUCGAUUACGAGGAUGUGCGCGCCGGAGACCUGGGCGUCGUCCUCGGCCCCUGCGACCGGGCCAUGCCCGGCCGGGACCUGCGCGUCUGCGUGCUCUGGCGCCGGACCCGCGCCAAGAACAACUGGCAGCCGGGCAAGCACGCGGGGACCGCGGCGCCCGCCGGCGCGCCGGCGCCCGCCGGCGCGGCGCCGCCGCCGGAGUAUGCGACCGUGCGCGUCAUCGUCCCGCCGGGCAUGGCGCCGGGCCAGACCGCGGCCUUCACCGUCGCCGGCCGCACGCUCCGCGCGGUCAUCCCGCCGGGCGCCGUCGCGGGGUCCGCGUUCGACGCGCGCGUGCCCGCGCCGGCGUCGCGGCCCGGCGCCGCGCCGCGGAACCCGGAGAUGGAGGAGCUGCUCACGACGCAGCUCAGCGCCGUGUCCGCCGUGCGGGAGACCCUCGGCGCGCCCGCGUCCGACCUGAGCGACGACGCGAUCAUCGCGGCCCUCAACGCGCAGCACUACGACGUCGAGGCCGCCGCCGCCGUCGCCGCGCUGCUCGACCGGGGCUGGCCCCGGCCCACGGCGCCCCAGGCCGCCGAGGCCAAGGAGGCGCCGCCGCCGGGCGACUUCCCCGCGGCGCUCAACGCGUCCGCGCAGCGCCACGCCAACUCGCACCUCGAGCAGAUGGACGCCGCCGCGCUGGCGGCGGCGACGGACGGCUUCUCGGACGCGCGGCUCCUGGGCCGCGGCGGCUUCGGCGCGGUCUACCGGGGGCGCCUCGCGGGGUUGGACGUCGCGGUGAAGCGGCUGGACGCGGCGUCGAUGCAGGGCGCGGCCGAGUUCGCGAACGAGGUGCGCUUCCUCGCGCGCGCGACGCACCGGAACCUGAUCCUGCUCCUGGGCUACGAGACCGAGGGGCCCUGCCUCGUCUACGAGCUCGCGCGCGGCGGCUCCGUCGAGGAGCGGCUGGCCUGCGCGAACGACACCUACGCGCCGCUGACGUGGUCGCUGCGGCUCGGCGUCGCCAUCGACGUCGCGCGGGGGCUGAACUUCCUCCACGCCUGGCCCGAGGGCGCCAUCGUCCACGGCGACGUCAAGACCGCGAACGUGCUGCUCACGGAGCCGCCCGUCGUCGCCAAGCUCUGCGACUUCGGCCUCGGGCGCCUCAUGAGUGACCGGGCGAGCCAGAUGACGACGAUGAACCUCAAGGGGUCCUGGGGCUACAUCUGCCCGGAGUACGCGCGGACGGGCAAGGUCGGGCCGGGCUCCGACGUCUACUCGCUCGGCGUCGUGCUGCUGGAGCUCAUGACGGGCGCGGCGGCCUUCGAGCCGGCGCGCUCGCCGCCGGACCUCGCGUCCUACGCGCGCUCGAAGGGCUUCGACGGCGCCGCGCUGCUCGACGCGCGCGUCCGCGGCGACUGCGGCGGCUCAGUCGCGGACGUCUUCGGCCGCGUCGUCGAGCAGUGCCUCGCGGAGCACCGCGCGGACCGCAUGGCCACGGAGACGCUGCUCGCGUCGCUCUUCUCCAUCCGGGACACCGCGCGCGGCGGCCACUCCGCGGCCAUCGCGGGGCCCUCCGGCGGCUCGGGCGGCGGCGGCGGCCACUCGUUCCUCGCGCGCCUCAACGAGGCCAAGCGCGGGUCGCGGUUCUACGACUCGUUCCUGCCGAGCGGGACCGGCUCCGGAGCCAAGAAGAGCUACAUCGCCCGCGCCCUCAUGUACGCGCUCGAGACGCGCUUGGAGGGCACGGCGCAGGUCUACGUCGACCUGCUGAUCCAGGCCAAGGGCGACAUCUCGUCCAAGGGCAUCUUCCUCUCGCUCAUCGAGGAGUACAAGGCCGGGGACGCAAGCGACGUCCGGCGCGACCUCGCCGCGCUCUCAGCGAACGCCAACGGCGGCCUCCGCGCGACGCAGUUGCGCCUCAAGGUCCUCGCCAACCAGCACCGCGUCGCCACGGGCAUGCAGCUGUCCAGCGCGGAGCUCCGCGACUACGCGCUCGACGCCCUCGACCCGUUCCGUGGUCUACGAGGUCUCCCGCCGCAUCUUCCUCACGGGAUCGCCAUCGGGCUCCUCGGCAGCCUCAUCUCCUACCGCGUCUUCAGCCACUACGAGCCCUACGUCGAGGAGGACGACGGCGUUGUCUCGGAAGUGGCGCAGACCGAGCUCGUCCUCGUCUUCUUCUACGCGCUGAUGGUCUUCGCGACGGACAAUCUCGAGCAGCACGACGGCGUCUUCUCGGGCAAGGUGUUCGCGAGCCUCCUCGUCGUGCUCCUCGCGUCCACGCUUCUCAUCGCGGUCUGGCUGAUCAUCCUCGCGAACUUUAGCGGCGACGAGUUGCGCUCCUGCGUCGCGGGGCUGCGGCGUCGGGUCCGGCGGGCGGAAGACGCAAACGACGACGGCGGCGCGGCCACCGUCGACGCGGAGGCGGUGAAGCGGGCGGACGUGGCGCAGGACGCGGCCGGCCCCGCGGACGCCUAA